UAUCACAAAUACUAAUUAGUCGAUCGAGAUGGUGAAAGCAGCAGUGUUUUCGCUUCUCUAUCCUCUGUUGCUUUCAGCUCUUGUGCUCAACUGCCAAUGUCAACACAGGACUCUUCACGUUGUCUACAUGGGAGCUAGGCCCGACGGCGAUGUGUCGGUUGCAUCCACGCAUCAUUCCAUGUUGCAUAAAGUACUUGGAAGUGCGAGUUCUGCGAAAGAAUCACUGGUUUACAGCUACGGCAGAAGCUUCAACGGAUUCGCGGCCAAGCUGAGUAAUGAGGAAGCCAAAAGGAUUGCAGAAAUGGAAGGAGUGGUGUCAGUUAACAAGAACCAAGUGUACAAGCUGCACACCACCAGAUCUUGGGAUUUCUUGAACCUUACAACCGACAAACUCGGAGCUCCUCCUCAAUCUGAUGUCGUCAUUGCCCUCCUAGACACCGGAGUGUGGCCGGAGCAUCCAAGUUUCAACGACUCAGGUUUUGGAUCUCCGCCAGCCAAAUGGAAGGGAGCCUGCACGGGCCAAAAUUUCACUUGCAAUAACAAGAUCAUCGGAGCACGUUUCUACAACAGCGACGGCUACUCGGGCGGCGAGGAUCAAUCGGCAAGGGACACGGAAGGGCACGGAACCCACACGGCGUCAACGGCUUCGGGAGUGGAGGUGGAGGCGAGCUACUUCGGCGUGGCCGAGGGCGUAGCGCGAGGAGGCGUUCCCAAAUCAAGAGUGGCGGUCUACAAAGUGUGCUGGUCGUUCGGGUGCAACUCGGCAGACAUCCUUAAGGCCUUCGACGAUGCCAUUGUCGACGGAGUUGAUGUCAUCUCCGUGUCAUUGGGAUCCGACUGGCCGGCCGACUACGUGGACGACACCAUCGCCAUCGGAUCUUUCCACGCCAUGAAGAAUGGGAUUCUCACCUCCAAUUCGGCAGGGAACUCGGGGCCGUACCCCGUUUCAGUCUCCAACUUUUCACCAUGGACACUCACGGUUGCUGCCAGCACCAUUGAUAGGAAAUUCGUCGCUAGGCUUCAGCUCGGAGACGGCCAAAUACUAUCGGGAAUCCUCAUAAACACCUUUGAUCUCAAUGGGACUUCAUACCCUUUGAUUUGGGGUGGAGAUGCUGCAAACUACACCAUUGGUUCUAGCCCCGACUAUGCCAAAUUCUGCUUGGACGGUGCGAUGAAUACCGACAUGGUGGCUGGGAAAAUCGUCUACUGUGAGGCGCUAUUCGACGGCGCCACCAUCCUGCUGGCCAACGGCGUCGGCACCAUCAUGUCCGACGUCACUUUCGACACUCCCGAUUACUCCUUCAGCUGGCCGUUGCCAGCCACGUUCAUCAGCCCCGAAGAUGGAAAGAAGGUUCUAAACUACAUCAAAAGUUCAUGCAACCCUGUAGCAACCAUACUUGUGAGCGAUGCGUGGAAGGACGGCAUGGCUCCGAUCGUUGCCUCGUUUUCAUCGAGGGGGCCGAGCGCCAUCAGCCCCGACAUUCUCAAGCCUGAUAUCACCGCCCCCGGCGUCGACAUUCUGGCCGGGUGGUCGCCGCUGGCGGGGGGCACGUCGGUGUACGAAGGCGAUACGAGAAGCACACUAUUCAAUAUCGUCUCCGGUACAUCCAUGUCGUGCCCUCAUGCUAGCGGCGCCGCUGCUUUUGUGAAAUCCCUUCACCCCACCUGGUCUCCCGCUAUGAUCAAGUCUGCCCUCAUGACAACAGCUUACGUGAUGGACCCGAGGAAGCACCGCGAUCUCGAGUUCGCCUACGGGUCGGGGCAGAUCAACCCGGUCGCGGCUCAGGACCCGGGCCUAGUCUUCGACGCAUCCGAGGCGGACUACGUCAACUUCCUCUGCAAGCAAGGCUACAACACCACCACCCUCCGCCUCAUCACCGGCGACAACACCACCUGCGCCUCCACAACCGCGGGCCGCGCCUGGGACCUCAACUACCCCUCCUUCUCUCUCUACGUCGAGGACGGCCACAAGAUCAGCGCCGUCUUCACCAGGACCGUCACCAACGUCGGCGACGCCAACUCCACCUACACAGCCACCCUCUACAUGCCGUCGCCGUCCAUCAACGUCACCGUCUCGCCGCCUUCUCUGACCUUCUCGAGCGCCGGAGAGGCUCAGAACUUUACGGUCACCGUGGAGGGCCCCGCCAUCGCGCAGCAGCCGAUCGUCUCGGGCGCUAUUGUCUGGACGGACGGGAAGCGCGCGGUGAGGACGCCGCUCGUGGUGUACAACUACCUCCCCGGCGCUCCCUACAACCUCGACGGGAGCGGCGGCACCGCCGCUCCCGGGAAGCUGCCCUUCCGCAACUCUAGGAGCGGGAAGAUUGGGCAGGUUAAACCGCAUCCGCAGUUCUAAACAGUGAAGAAUCAACUCGGGCAUGGCAAAGUCGUGUUUCGAGACGGCAACUGUAAAACAAGGGCAGCUCUCCUUGCUUGCUGCCUCUCUUGAAAUUGUAUCAUGUACUAAUAGUUACUACUCCACUAAAUAAGACUGUUGUUGCCUUAAAUUAUUUCUUCUUUUU